AUACACGCGAAAAUAGGAUAUACACAAUCACAAGAGGCGAAGUCAUCUUCUAUUUACAUUUCACAAUAGAUUUUUACAUGCUUAGUUUCUGAUUGCUGGGGAAAAAGAUCGGCCAUAGCUUCAAAAUGUCUAUGGACAAACAUUUAUUUAACCUCAAGUUUGCAGCCAAGGAUCUUGAAAGGAAUGCCAAAAAAAGUGAAAAGUCGGAAAAGGAGGAGAAAAACAAAUGUAAAAAGGCUAUGCAAAAAGGUAAUGCAGAAGGAGCAAAGAUUCACGCAGAAAAUGCCAUCAGACAGAAAAACCAGGCCUUAAAUUAUCGUAAAAUGAGUGCCAGGAUAGACGCAGUAGCGGCCAGAGUCCAGACCGCUGUCACGACCAAACAGGUAUAAAAUUUCAUAAAUAGUUAAUA